GUGAGAGCACGUGCAUAGCAUGGGACGUGGGACGGUUCCGACUGAAAUCAAGGCCAGUAUAAAUCGCCGUCGCUGAGAGGAGAGCUCACCACCAUCACUCUGUCUCGAGCUAUCAACGAGUACGCGAAUCCCGACUCUCAGAGAUCUGUUGUAAAGACGCACCGAGUUCUCACCAUGGCCCGUGCCAACAUGCUGCUCCUGGUCGCCGGCUGCGUGAUGCUGGGAGCCGUCUGCAUCGAGGCAGCGAAUUUCGAAUUCCAGUUCGUGGAACAGAUAGCGCCUGGCAAUGAAAUCAGGUCCUUCGGACCCAAGGACAGCAACGAAGAUGGCGAGAAGGCCAAUGGCUACGUCUACAGCAACGUCGCCACCGAGAAGGUGAAUGCGAACUCCGCCGUGUACGGCCAGGUCGGAGGACUCACAUUCUACACCUCGAACACCGAGUCCGAGGAGGUUUUCUCGAUCAAGUUCGCUGACAUCGGAGCCAAGGGUGGACGAUUCGCCGACGCUGAGCUCCACUGCCGUGGAGUCUGGACCUACAGCGACGACGGCAAGGACCACUCCGAGCAGGAGCUCGCCAUCGUCGGAGGAUCCUACGGAUUGGCCAAUGCCUACGGAACCCUGAAGUACACUCGCAGCGGUGACAGCAACGCUUGGACCGUGAAGGGAUCUUUCCAGAUCGACGACUGCGUUCUUGCUUGAUCGAAUGCGCAAGCUCGUUGUUUGUGGCUGUCUGAUCAGCAGCGCCGAUGGCUAGAGGAAGCCGGACUAUGAAGACUAUGCUUAGGAAGCUGAGAGAGCCGCAGACCUUUCAGUGUGAUUUCAGAUUCGUGACUAGGCGAACGACCAGUAGCAAGUUGUACAUGUAACUAUUAGAGAAUCGAGUCUUUGUUGCACACCAGCUUGCGCUUCGGGACAUUGUACCCUUGUUCUCAAAUCAGUCAGAGUUUGAGCUCUUUCGCACUUGAGCUUCCAAUCGGGACAAUAAUCACGAAUCUCUCUUUUUUCUCAAUAUACUUCCA